GGUCAUGUGACCCGCGUCACAUGGCGAGGGGCGGGAUGAGCGGGCAGGGUGAGGAGGCGGAGGGCACCGCCCCUCCAGGCGCCUCCCUUCCAAUGGGAGCGGGGCAGGCCGGGGCAGUGAGCCAAUGAGGAAAAAGGGGUGGGGCUUACGGCUCGCCGGCUCCGCGACCCUAGCGGCGGGUUCGGGACCGGGAUCGGGACCGGGCAGGGACCGGGAGCGGGUGCCCCCAGUGCCAUGAGGAGCCUCGUGCCGCUGUGGCUGGCGCUGGCCGGAGCCGGCGCGUUGCUGCCGUGUCCCGACGGGCAGCCGUGCCCCGCCACCCCGGUCCUGCCCGCCAGCAGUGCUGCAGCGUGCCGGGACGGUGCACCGUGCUGCGCGGCACCAGAGGAUGUCCCCUGUGCUGGUGGCCACCACUGUUGUCCCCGAGGAUCCCGCUGCAGCGCUGAUGGCAAAUCCUGUGUCACGUCCACAGCCCCCCGUGCUGUCCCCUGCCCCGAUGGACAGUCCGAGUGUCCUGACAACGCCACCUGUUGUGUGACAACCAGCGGUGCCUGGGGGUGCUGCCCCAUGCCCCAGGCCUUGUGCUGUGCUGACAAGGUGCACUGCUGUCCCCACGCCACCAUCUGUGACCUGGCCCACGGGCGCUGCCUGUCACCCGCCGGUGACACCCCCAUGGGCACCGCAUUCCCCGCCUGGAAGCGCCAGCCCCCGCCAGCAGUGACACUGCGCCAGGUGCUGUGUCCCGAUGGCCGCUCGGCGUGUCCCGACGGUGCGACCUGCUGCCAGCUGUCCCUGGGGCAGUACGGCUGCUGUCCCCUGCAGAACGCCGUGUGCUGCGCAGACGGGCAGCACUGCUGUCCCCAAGGCACUGCCUGCGACCUGGAGCACUCCACCUGCAUCUCCACACGACCCCCGCUGUCAGCCCGAGCUCGUGAUGUGCGGUGUGACGACGAGGCGAGCUGUCCCGACGGGACCACGUGCUGCCGGCUCAGCUCGGGGGCCUGGGGUUGCUGCCCACUGGAGGAGGCCGUCUGCUGCCCCGACCACGUGCACUGCUGUCCCCAGGGCUACACGUGUGACACGGGGACAGGCAGCUGCCUGCAGGACGGGAAGCCCCCCCAGCCCUGGGUGCACAAGACCCCGGCACAGGCCCGGGGGGGGGACGUGAAGUGUGACGAGGAGACCAGCUGUCCCGACGGGAACACCUGCUGCCGCCUCAGCUCGGGGGCCUGGGGGUGCUGCCCGCUGGAGCAGGCCAUCUGCUGCCCCGACCACGUGCACUGCUGUCCCCAGGGCUACACGUGUGACACGGAGACAGGCAGCUGCCUGCAGGACGGGAAGCCCCCCCAGCCCUGGGUGCACAAGACCCCGGCACAGGCCCGGGGGGGGGACGUGAAGUGUGACGACGAGACCAGCUGUCCCGACGGGAACACCUGCUGCCGCCUCAGCUCGGGGGCCUGGGGGUGCUGCCCGCUGGAGCAGGCCGUCUGCUGCCCCGACCACGUGCACUGCUGUCCCCAGGGCUACACGUGUGACACGGGGACAGGCAGCUGCCUGCAGGACGGGAAGUCCCCCCAGCCCUGGGUGCACAAGACCCCGGCACAGGCCCGGGGCGGGGACGUGAAGUGUGACGAGGAGACCAGCUGUCCCCAGGGCAGCACCUGCUGCCCGCUGAGCUUGGGGACCUGGGGGUGCUGCCCACUGGAGCAGGCUAUCUGCUGCAGGGACCACCAGCACUGCUGCCCCCGCGGCUACACCUGCAACGAAGCCACCCAGAGCUGUGAGAAGCUGCUGACCCCCACCCCACUGCUGCCAGCACCCACAUCCACACCCCGGGCCCCCGCACCCCCCCGCCGCGCACCCACGCCCCCCCCCCGCCCGGCUGCGAGCCCCCGGCACCGCUGCGGGUGCCGCCGUGCCCUGCGAUGCCACCCACUCCUGCCGGGGUGGCCAACGGUGCUGCCGGGGCCAGGGGGGCUUCUGGGGGUGCUGCCCCUUUGCCCAGGGCUCCUGCUGCUCGGACGGCCGGCACUGCUGCCCAGGGGGGUCCCGCUGCACUGGGCGGGGCUGGGGGUGCAGCCCCCAGCGCUGGGACCAGCCCCCACCCCGCAGGGUGCUGCUCUGAUGGCCCUGGAGACCCCACCCCAAUAAAAGGUUUCCAGGACAA